UCUCCACAACGUCCAUCCAACGCCCAAUAGCAGAACAUCGCACAUCUCUUCAAUCCCACGGUCCAAUACGAAAUCUAUCAUAUCCUCCUGAACAAUCACACAGUCAUUGCUCUGAAUAUUUAAUAGUAAAAUUUUUCGGUUAAUCAUGUUCCUUCAGAUUCGUCGCCGAUCUUUUCUCUUCGUGUCGUUUUUUUUAUACACAAUCGAUCUCUACACACAUUCUUGAAUGUCUGCAAAGUUGAAAUUUGAUGCCAAAAACAAUUUGAUCUUCAGUGUUUAAAUUGAAAAUUUCAAGCAUCGAAAGAGUUCAAUUAUGAUCCAUACCCUUUUCAAUUCAAUGGUGUGUGCUUGCUCAGUUGAUAUUCAAUUCUGAUUUCUUCCCUUUACAUGCAACCGACCUCUAGACACAUUCUUGAAUGUCUAGAGAGAGAGAGAGAGAAUUUGACGAUUUGGGUGUGGUGGUGGGGAUGAUGGAGAGUGGGAUGGUGAUGUCGAGAGACCCAAAGCCGAGGCUGAGGUGGACGGCGAAUCUUCAUGACCGAUUUGUUGAUGCAGUCACCAAGCUGGGUGGCCCUAACAAAGCGACUCCCAAGUCGGUGCUGAGAGUAAUGGACUUAAAGGGCUUGACAUUGUAUCAUUUAAAGAGCCAUUUGCAGAAGUAUGGACUUGGGCAGCAGGCCAAGCAACAGAACACUUUAGAACAAAACAAAGAGAGCAAUGGUGGUUUUUACAGAGACUACCAUAUGCAUUCCUCAGGUGCUACUACCAAUUCAUCAGGAGCUAAAAGUGAACCAGGAGAAGUGCCAAUUGCAGAGGCACUGAGGUGUCAGAUUGAAGUACAGAAGAGAUUACAGGAGCAUCUUGAGGUACAAAAGAAGUUGCAGAUGAGAAUAGAGGCACAAGGGAAGUACUUGCAAUCGAUAUUAGAGAAAGCUCAAAAAAGCCUAACACUUGACAUGAACAACACAAUCAGUCUUGAAGCCACUAGAGAUCAACUUAACAAUUUCAAUUUGGCUCUGUCAAAUCUUAUGGUGAAUAUGGAUGGGGAAUCAAGAAAUGAAAACAUUUCAGAGAAGAACAUUUUUUUUAUUCAAAGGAAAUCAAAUGGGUCUCUAUGCUUGGGAGAGGAACAGGAAAAGAAGGACAUCAAGUUUAAAGUUGAAGGUAGUUGCAUAAAUUUUGAUUUGAAUACCAGAGGGAGCUAUGACUUCUUUGGAGCAAAUGGAUCAGAAUUGGAAGUGAAGAAGACACUUGCAUAUGGGAGUUAAAAUUGAAAACAUAGGGUUAUACAUGUUACCCUCAGUAUCUUAUAUUUGUUGUUGGUACUAAUUAGAUACAACUUGAAUGCUAUUAUUGAGUCUUUUCCCUAUUUUAACUCAUCAGCCAGUACCUAUUGGUGGUGUCAAUAAGUUUUGGAGGGUCUUUGUACAUUAACAACCUGAAGAGAGAUCUAGAAUGACUUGGAGCUCAUUGUUUCCACCUUGAUCUAUGGAACCCAAAGAGAUUAGGUUAUGGUUGGUUGACGGUUAUGUGUAGGAUGAAACACUCAAAAUUUUGGAUAUUUUGUCUUCUUGGUUAUUUUCUUCUAUUGAAAUGCAGCAAAUAAUUACGAAUUGUU